AUGGUGCGCGUCUCCGAGGCAUCCGAGUCUAGGCUAUAUACGUUCUCUGGGGAGACCAAGGAGCACCUGCGCAAGUUCCGCCUGUCAACAUCCCGUGCCAAGGACCCUCAGGCGGUCAUUUACUUGGUCGACAAGAACACGCAAGAAAUUCGCCAGGACGACGACAAGACGGUAUACAACACACUAGAGGAGAUUGGCGAUGAUCUCCCCGAUCACUCGCCUCGCUUUGUGCUCCUAAGCUAUCCGCUGACACUGAGCGACGGCCGAGCCUCGGUGCCCUACGUCCUGCUGUACUAUCUCCCCGAAACAUGCAAUGCCGAGAUGAGAAUGAUUUAUGCUGGCGCCAAGGAGCUUAUGCGAAGUACGAGCGAGGCAGGUCGCGUCAUUGACAUUAGAUCCGUCGAAGAUCUCGAAGAUAUACCCAAGAAACUGGCAUCUGACUGA